AGACAAGUAAUGCUAAUAGGAGAAAUAUGAGAAUGGGUGAAAUGUAAUGUAAAGCUUUGAUUUUGAGCUCUUUUUCUUUCUGUCUGUUGAUUGUGGUGUUACUUUUUUUUGUUGUUUUCUUUCUCUUUCUUCAAAGAUUCCAUCCAUUUCCGGUCCACCACCAUUGCAACUUCACCCCUCUCCUUUCUCCUUCUUUUUUCCUUUUCCCCUUAUUUUUAUAAUGUAAAAAAUAACAACAAUAAAGUAUUGAUUUGCUUUUUGUAAUUUUGUCAAAGAACAUCAUCAUAUCAAUAUCAAUAUCAAUAUCAAUAUCAAUUUUGGGCUCAACCAAAGGGAGAUAAAGAGAGAAACUUUGAGGAAUUUGAUAAGGAAGGAGGUGUUUUUUUUUGGCUUUCAAUUGCCUCCCUUUCUGGGUUUCAUCUGAAUUGAACAGAGAGAAAGGAAAUUUGACAGAAUAGUGAAUUUGGGUUUGGAGGGGUAGGGGUGGUUGGGACGUAGUGGGUAGUGGUGGUGGUCAAAGGAGGAGUUUUUGGUCUUUGGUCUCCUUCAACAUCAUCUGGGCCUUGACUCUUAAUCACUCAGGAGUUGGAUCUUGGAGCAACGCCUUCAUUGCAAGUGAUCCAUAUUUUGUGCUGAUAGCAGUAAACUGGUAUAAGUUUCAUGGCUGGCAUCGAUGAUAACGUUGCUAUAAUUGGAGAUUGGGUGCCUCCAAGUCCAAGCCCAAGAGCCUUCUUCUCUUCAAUGUUAGUUGACGACAUAGGCUCAAGAUCAAUGUUGGAACCUCCCAGCAGUAAUAAAACUGCGGAGUUCUUUUUGGGAUCUCAAGAAGGAGAUUCCAAUGGAAAAAAUUUGUCACAAGGCAAUGCUUCUGGUGAGGAACUAAAUGAAGUGGGUUCAUUUUCGGAGUACAAGUCAAACUCACGCGGAGGGCUUGUGGAAAGGAUUGCAGCCAGAGCUGGGUUUAACGCUCCGCGGCUGAAUACAGAAAGCAUUAGAUCUUCUGACCUUUCACUUAAUUCCGACAUUCGGUCCCCUUAUCUGACAAUACCUCCUGGUCUCAGUCCAACCAUACUGCUAGACUCUCCUGUUUUCCUUUCAAAUUCAUUGGCACAGCCAUCUCCAACAACUGGAAAAUUUCCGUUUGUCUCAAAUGGUCAUAGCAGGAGUUCCACAUUAAUGACAGAGGGCCCUGAUAAAACUAAUUUCUUUGAGGACAUAAAUACUUCAUUUGCUUUCAAGCCUAUUGCGGAAUCAGGCUCCUUCUUUCUUGGUCCAACUAGCAAAAUGGGUUCAACUAGUUUUCCACAGCAAUCUUUUCCCAGCAUCGAGGUGUCAGUCCAGUCAGAAAAUUCUUCUCAAAGUAUAGAACCAACAAAAGUUCCAAACCAGAAUGCAAACAAUCUUCAGCUCCAGGCAGACUUCUCUCGCACAUCUACUGAAAAAGAUAAUGGAGCUAACUCAGCAGAUCCAAGGGCUUUUGAUACUGUUGGUGGCAGUACUGAGCAUUCUCCACCCCUUGAUGAGCAACCAGAUGAAGAAGGAGAUCAAAGAGGUAGUGGAGAUUCCAUGGCUGCUGCUGCUGGUGGUACACCAUCCGAAGAUGUAUAUAAUUGGAGAAAAUAUGGACAGAAACAAGUAAAAGGUAGUGAGUAUCCACGAAGUUAUUACAAGUGCACGCAUCCAAAUUGUCAGGUUAAGAAAAAGGUUGAACGAUCUCAUGAGGGUCAUAUAACAGAGAUCAUCUACAAAGGGGCCCAUAACCACCCUAAACCUCCUCCCAAUCGUCGAUCAGCCGCCAUUGGAUCAUCUAACCCACUUAAUGACAUGCGACCAGACAUCCCUGAACAAGGUGGACCACAGAGUGGUGCUGAUGGUGAUUUAGUUUGGGCAAGUACACAAAAGGCAAAUGUUGGAGCUCCUGAUUGGAAGCAUGAAAACCUUGAGGUGACUUCUUCAGCAUCUGUGGGCCCUGACUACUGCAACCAAUCCUCUUCUAUGCAGGCUCAGAAUGGUACGCACCUUGAAUCAGGUGAUGUGGUGGACGCGUCAUCUACCUUUUCUAAUGAUGAAGAUGAAGAUGAUCGAGGGACACAUGGCAGUGUUUCAUUGGCUUAUGAUGGUGAAGGAGAUGAAUCAGAGUCGAAAAGAAGGAAAAUUGAAGCCUAUGCAACGGAAAUGAGUGGAGCUACCAGAGCCAUUCGUGAGCCUAGAGUCGUGGUCCAGACAACCAGUGAAGUAGAUAUCCUUGAUGAUGGAUAUCGUUGGCGCAAGUAUGGGCAGAAGGUUGUGAAAGGCAAUCCAAAUCCAAGGAGUUACUACAAGUGCACCAAUGCUGGCUGCACAGUGAGGAAGCAUGUGGAAAGAGCAUCCCAUGACCUUAAGUCAGUGAUCACCACAUAUGAGGGAAAGCACAAUCAUGAUGUUCCCGCUGCUCGAAAUAGCAGCCAUGUCAACUCUGGCCCGUCCAACACCAUGUCUGGCCAAGCUUCCUCUGCUGGCAUUCAAACCCAUCCGCAUAGACCGGAGCCAUCACAAGUUCACAACAGCAUGGCAAGAUUUGAAAGGCCUUCAUCACUGGGUUCAUUCAGCCUACCUGGAAGGCAGCAGCUGGGGCCAUCCCAUGGCUUCUCUUUCGGAAUGAACCAACCCGGCCUGGCCAAUCUGGCAAUGGCUGGGUUGGGUCCAGGCCAACCCAAACUCCCUGUUAUGCCUGUUCAUCAUCCAUACUUUGCACAACAGCGCCAGGUUAAUGAAAUGGGCUUCAUGUUACCAAAAGGAGAACCGAAAGUGGAGCCUCUGUCAGAAUCUGGUCUAAACAUGUCCAAUGGUUCAUCAGUAUACCAACAGCUAAUGAGUAGGCUUCCUCUUGGACCACAGAUGUAGAAUUUCCCCUUUUGUUUUUAUGAUCUUUUGAGGAAAGAAGUAUUUAAGUUUCUACAUA